CAGCCGAUUGAGAAGCGAGAAGCGCCGGCCGGGGAAAAACCCUCGCGGGAAAGUUGCGCUCCUUUGGGAAGGCGAGCCCGUAACUUUCAGCCGGGAGAAGAAGAGACGCGUGCGCCUGCCUUCUGGCCGGGGGGAAAAGGAUAAGAGGCGCUUCCCGGAGGGAGCCACUGGAUCUGCGCCACGCCGGAUCUCUCUUUCCCUUGCCGUCGGGGACCUCUAACUGAGCAGCCGAGCCGCGAAAGGGGAGAUCGCAGCCACGCGCGAAGAAGCCGCGGCGCUCGCGGCUCCCAUGGCGAGGCCGGGAUCCGCUUUGGGAACUUGCCGUCCAGGGUGAGCCUCGGCUAAACGGCCGGCGGGGGCCCGAUUGGGUGGCGAGGAGCCAUUUUGAGCGCCGUUUCGACGAACCCCGCCGCAGCAUCCGCCGCCAACUUCGGGAAAGUGGGCGAAAAAGUUCGGCGUCCCCGCGCCGGAGAGGAGGGGGAGCCUCGCCCUUUUCUCCAGGCUCUCCCCAGCUGCUGAUGGACGAGGCCGGAUGAGCAGCUCAGGGGGGUGGAUGGAUUGUGUAGCCCUUCGGCCGUCCUCCCUGCUUGCCAAGCCUCGGAGAUGCUCCGUUUGCCGGGGGCCGCCUGCCUGUCGUGGAUUUGGCUGCUGGCGCUCGCGACGGCGGGCUGGGAGCUGCAUCUCCUCUGCGGCGACGACAACGCGGGCCGCUUGCUUUUGGACCUGUCGCUGGGACCGGAGUGGCUCUGCUUUCUGGACGAGACUCGGACGCCCCGUCAGCUGAGGGACGCCGUGGAAGCGACGAGCGACGGGCUGCUGAAGACGACGGCGGCGCCGGUGGAGUGCGCGGGCCUGAGGAGAAACCCGCUGCCCCUCCAUUUGCGCCUGGCUUCUCCGGCCGCCGGCGUCCUUCUCUCGCUCCGCCUGCCUGUUUACCUGCACGGCUGGGCCUCCCCCGGCCGGUCCCCGCGCGUUGCCAUCCUGCCUCGCCUGGCCGCUUCUCCAGCUCUUCCCCAGCAUUGGGCUUCUCUGCUGUGCUUCCCUCCGCCCGCUGGGCAGCAGGUGCUUCCCAAAGUGGGGGAGGAAGCGAAAGCAGGACCCCUGCUCUGGGCUCUCAUGACCCUGACCAGUUUCCCAUGGUGUAUCUGCCCCAAAGGUCGGCCUUUGGGGGACGUUGGGGAGAAACCACUAGACUGCCGUCUUCCCCAAGGCAGCUGCCCCCUGCAGCUUCUUUGUCACCUGAAGAGGACUCAAGGGAGUGUUUUGGUGGAUCUGGGAAGGCCUAGGCACUGGGGAGUGGAACAGCCAGUAGGGGAUCAAUUGGAAGUGAUGGCCCAGGAUGAUGGCAGUUGGGAUUCUGGCCCUCGAGGACCUCGGAGGAUGAGGAGCGUGAACAGCCCGCCUCAGUUCAAACUGCCCAAUUACCAAGUUUCGAUUGCUGAGAACCAGCCCGCAGGUACCUCGGUCAUCACUCUAGAAGCCCAUGAUCCAGAUGAAGGGGAAGCAGGCCGGUUGACCUAUUCUAUGGAGGCCUUUUUCGACAAGAGGUCCAACGAUUACUUCUCCGUGGAUUCCAACACGGGAGCAAUCGUCACCAGCCGUAAGCUGGAUCGAGAGACGAAAGACACCCACGUGCUUCAGGUGACUGCGACGGAUCACGGGUCUCCGCGGCAACGCUCAGCCGUCACCUUCCUGACGGUGACUGUCAGUGACACCAAUGACCACGAUCCCGUGUUUGAACAGCCGGAGUAUCGGGAGACCAUCAGAGAGAACCUGGAGGUAGGUUACGAGGUGCUAACUAUUCGUGCCACAGAUGAGGAUGCUCCAGACAAUGCUAAUUUGCUCUAUCGUAUCCUAGAACCAGGCUCUGGGGAAGGGAUUUUUGAGAUUGACCCAUAUUCUGGUGUUGUGAGAACCUGUGCCACGGUGGAUAGAGAGGAAGUCUCAGAAUACCAUCUUGUGGUCGAAGCCAAUGACCAAGGGAAAGAACCAGGUCCACGAAGCGCCACAGUCACGGUGCACAUCACAGUGGAAGAUGAGAACGACAAUUCCCCACAAUUCAGCGAGAAACGCUACUUGGUACAAAUACCAGAGGAUACUCCGAUCAACAGUCAAGUAUUGCAAGUAAAAGCCACUGACCGAGACAGGGGCAACAAUGCCCAGGUCCAUUAUAGCAUCGUCAGUGGCAACCUGAAAGGCCAAUUUUAUAUCCAUUCUUUCUCUGGCUCUAUUGACUUGAUCAACCCCCUGGACUAUGAGGCCAUCCGAGAAUACACUCUCAGGAUCAAGGCACAGGAUGGAGGGAGGCCCCCACAGAUCAAUUCGAGUGGGAUGGUGUCCAUCCAAGUGUUAGACGUCAAUGACAAUGCCCCUAUUUUUGUAAGCACCCCCUUUCAAGCCACAGUGCUAGAAAAUGUCCCCAAAGGAUAUUCCGUGUUACACAUUCAGGCAGUAGAUGCUGACUCUGGGGACAACGCUCGCUUGGAAUACAAAAUCUUCGAGCUCUCCCAUCUUCCUGCCUUGGCAUCCCCAAUACAGGGGAAUGCAGGGUUUCCAUUCCAGAUCAACAAUAGUACAGGUUGGAUUACAGUGUCAACUGAGCUCGACCGAGAGACUACAGAGAAUUACCAUUUUGGGGUGGAGGCCAGAGACCACGGAGUGCCUGUCAUGUCUUCCUCUGCCAGUGUGUCUAUCACUGUCCUUGAUGUCAACGAUAACAGUCCUACUUUCACUGAAAAAGUAUACCAGCUCAGGCUGAAUGAGGAUGCGGCAGUAGGCAGCAGCGUCUUGACCUUGACUGCAAUGGACAAAGAUGUCAACAGUGUAGUAACCUUCCAGAUCACGAGUGGCAACACAAGGAAUCGCUUUUCCAUCACUAGUCAGAGCGGUGGUGGUCUGAUCACUCUGGCCUUGCCCCUAGAUUAUAAGCAGGAAAGGCAAUAUGUGUUGACCGUCACUGCUUCAGAUGGAACUCUGUUUGAUACGGUGCAAGUCUUCAUCAAUGUCACAGAUGCCAAUACACACCGACCGGUUUUCCAAAGUUCCCACUAUACCGUGAGUGUCAGUGAGGACAAGCCCAUUGGAACGUCCAUUGUAACCAUCAGUGCCACGGAUGAAGAUACUGGAGAGAAUGCAAGAAUUACUUACAUCUUGGAAGACAACAUCCCUCAGUUCCGCAUUGAUCCUGACACAGGGACAAUCACUACCUUGAUGGAAUUGGACUAUGAAGACCAAGCUUCUUACACAUUAGCCAUCACAGCCCAAGACAAUGGGAUCCCCCAGAAGUCUGAUACUACCUAUGUGGAGAUCCUCAUUCUAGAUGCCAAUGACAAUGCACCUCGUUUUCUUCGAGAUCGGUAUCUGGGCUCUGUUUUUGAAGAUGUUCCUCUGUCCACCAGUGUUUUGCAGGUGUCCGCUGUAGACCGUGACUCAGGUCCCAAUGGCCGCCUGGCUUAUACUUUCCUGGGUGGGGAUGAUGGGGAUGGGGAUUUUUACAUUGAACCCACAUCAGGGGUGAUACGGACAUUGCGCAAGUUGGAUCGUGAAAAUGUGGCUGUUUACAGCUUGCGGGCUCUUGCUGUGGAUAAGGGCAGCCCACCUCUCAAUGCAACUGUUGAUAUCCAAGUUACUGUACUGGAUAUCAAUGAUAACCCCCCUGUUUUUGAACAGGACGAAUUUGACAUCUUUAUUCAGGAGAACAGUCCUGUUGGUUCAAUCGUGGCCAGGAUUAGUGCAGUAGACCCCGAUGAAGGAACCAACGCGCAGAUCAUGUAUCAGAUUGUAGAGGGAAACAUUCCUGAGGUCUUCCAGCUUGACUUGCUUAAUGGUGACCUUACAGCCCUGAUGGACCUGGAUUACGAGAGCCAGACAGAGUAUGUUAUUGUGGUACAAGCUAUCUCAGCCCCACUUGUGAGCCGAGCUACCGUGCACAUACGCCUGUUGGAUCAAAACGACAACCCUCCUGUGUUGCAUGACUUUCAGAUCCUGUUCAACAAUUAUGUCACCAACAAAUCUAAUAGCUUUCCUUCUGGAGUGAUUGGCAAGAUCCCCGCCCAGGAUCCUGAUGUAUCUGACCAGCUUUACUAUACCUUUGUCCAAGGCAAUGAAUUAAACCUGCUGGUUUUGGAUUCUGCUACUGGAGAACUGAAGCUCAGCCGAGAUCUGGACAACAACAGACCCCUUGAGGCCAUCAUGAAAGUAUCAGUUUCUGAUGGUAUUCACAGCGUUACAGCGUAUUGCACCUUAAGGGUUACCAUCAUCACUGAUGACAUGCUUACAAACAGCAUCACGGUGCGGCUGGAAAACAUGUCCCAAGAGAAGUUUCUCUCCCCUCUGCUGGCUCUCUUUGUGGAAGGCGUGGCUACUGUACUGUCAACAACCAAAGAGGGCAUUUUUGUCUUCAACAUUCAAAAUGACACAGAUGUUAGCGCCAAUAUCCUGAAUGUGACAUUUUCUGCCCUGCUUCCCGGUGGCAUUCGAAACAAAUUCUUCCCUUCUGAAGACCUUCAGGAGCAGAUAUACCUCAACCGGACGCUGCUCACGCUGAUAUCUACUCAACGAGUAUUGCCUUUCGAUGAUAACAUUUGCCUGCGGGAACCCUGCGAAAACUACAUGAAAUGUGUCUCCGUACUGAAGUUCGACAGCUCUGCACCCUUUAUUAGUUCCAAUACUGUACUUUUCCGGCCCAUACACCCUAUCAAUGGUCUGAGGUGUCGCUGCCCCCCUGGGUUUACUGGUGACUAUUGUGAGACGGAGAUUGACCUCUGCUAUUCUAACCCAUGUGGGAACAAUGGCCUUUGUCGAAGUCGAGAGGGAGGCUAUACCUGUGAAUGUUACGAAGACUACACUG